AUGGAUGGAGUCGGAAAUCUCGAGGGCUGGCGGUGGAUCUUCCUUCUUGAGGGUAUCUCCACUGUUAUUGCGGGAGUCGUGUGCUUCUUCUGUCUCAUUGACAACGCCGAGACCUCCAUAUGGCUCGAAGCUGACGAGAAACGGUUCCUAUCCCUGCGAAGAACCACCUUCAUGGGCGGCCAGAGUGCCAAGCAUGCCGAAACCAUGAUCCUGAAAUUGGUUCUCUGUGACUGGCAGGUCUAUCUCCAGUCCAUCAUCUACAUCUCUGCCACGAUGCCCAACUACGGCCUCAAGUUCACAAUGCCUCAGAUCACCAAAUACAUGGGAUACACUUCCGCCAACGCACAGCUACUCACCAUCCCGCCCUAUUGUGUUGGUGCGAUCAGCGCCUUCUUGUCGGCUGUUUUCGCAGACAGGCUGAAGUGGAGGAUGCCCUUUAUCGUUGGAGCCCAAACAAUUGUGCUCAUCGCAUUUUCUAUUCUCUUUGCAAAAGCCUCAGAUAUCAAGGACAACAUAAGCUUAUGUUACUUCGGCGUUGUCCUCGCUUACGUCGACCUGUAUCCCAUCACACCAGGAGCCAAUGCUUAG